AUUUUACUUUAAUAAAUAUUAUAAAAAAUUACUAACACUUUUCUAAUACUCACUUCAGUUCUCAUACAUAAUAUACAUACGUCACAAUCGAUAAUGCUUACGCACAUAAAUCCACAUAUGCACCGUUUGCCUCUAUAAAUUAUAUAUCAUCCCCAUAACGAUAACUCUUUCAUCACUAUAUAAUAUAUAAUAUAUACACUUAUAAAUACCAAAUGUUCCAUACAUUAUAAUUAACAAAAGAAAAAAAUUAUUUAUAUGCUAUGAACGGUGUAGGAACAGGAUCAUAUUACACCGGCGCCACCGCGGUGCCGGUGGCAAAACCAUUUCUAAUGGCGGGAUAUGACGCGCCCGAGGGGGUGGAGAUUCGGGGCCGUUAUGACGGAGAAUUUGCUAAGAUUCUAACAAGAGAUGCUCUUAAUUUUGUGGCACAGCUACAGAGGGAGUUUAAGCAGCGUGUGAGGUACGCGCUUGAGUGUAGAAAAGAGGCCAAGAAGAGGUAUAAUGACGGAUCUGCCCCCGGGUUUGAUCCCGCCACUAAGAAUAUUAGGGAGGGUGAUUGGGUUUGCGCGGCGGUGCCGCCAGCUGUGGCGGAUCGGAAGGUGGAGAUCACUGGUCCGGUGGAGAGAAAGAUGGUUAUUAAUGCACUUAAUUCUGGUGCUAAAGUCUUCAUGGCUGAUUUUGAAGAUGCACUUUCACCAAGCUGGGAAAAUCUAAUGAAUGGUCAUAUUAAUCUAAAAGAUGCUGUUAAUGGUACCAUAAGUUUUCAUGACAAAGCAAGAAACAGAGUUUACAAACUCAAUGACCAAAUUGCCAAGCUUUUUGUUAGGCCAAGAGGUUGGCAUUUACCCGAAUCUCACAUCUUCAUAGACGGUGAGCCGGCCACCGCUUGUCUUGUCGAUUUCGGUCUUUACUUUUUCCAUAAUUAUGCCCCUUUUCGCCGGGGCCAAGGGGCGGGGUUCGGCCCCUUUUUCUAUCUCCCCAAAAUGGAGCACUCAAGAGAGGCGAAAAUAUGGAAUUGUGUGUUUGAGAAGGCGGAGAAAAUGGUGGGGAUCGAAAGAGGGAGUAUUAGAGCAACUGUUUUGAUUGAGACACUUCCAGCUGCUUUUCAAAUGGAUGAGAUACUCUAUGAGUUGAGGGAUCACUCUGUUGGGUUGAAUUGUGGAAGAUGGGAUUAUAUUUUUAGUUAUGUUAAAACCUUUCAAGGUCAUCCCGAUCGCCUUUUGCCCGAUCGGUUUUUGGUUGGUAUGGGUCAACAUUUCAUGAAGAGCUACUCUGAUCGCCUCAUUUGGACUUGCCAUAGGCGCGGUGUCCACGCCAUGGGCGGUAUGGCAGCUCAAAUUCCAAUAAAAGAUGACAAAGAAGCCAAUGAGGCAGCCCUUGAUUUGGUAAAGAAAGACAAGUUAAGAGAAGUGAGAGCAGGGCAUGACGGGACAUGGGCAGCACACCCGGGACUAAUCCCGGCUUGUAUGGAGGUUUUCAACAACACAAUGGGCAAUUCUCCAAACCAAAUCAAGACCGCAAAGCGUGAAGAGGCUGCAAAUCUAACCGAAGAAGACCUCUUGCAGAGGCCAAGAGGAGUUAGAACCAUGGAAGGUUUAAGACUCAACACUAGGGUUGGAAUCCAAUACCUAGCAGCAUGGCUAACUGGCUCGGGCUCAGUGCCUCUCUAUAACCUAAUGGAAGAUGCUGCAACCGCCGAGAUUAGUAGGGUUCAGAACUGGCAAUGGCUCAAGUAUGGAGCCGAGUUGAAUGGAGAUGGGCUCGGUGUUAGGGUUAAUAAGGAGUUGUUUGGUAGAGUUGUGGAAGAAGAGAUGGCUCGAAUCGAAAAAGAAGUUGGGAAAGAGAAGUACAAGAAGGGAAUGUAUAAAGAGGCUUCUAAGAUCUUCACUAGGCAAUGCACUACCUCAACACUUGAUGAUUUUCUCACUCUUGAUGCCUAUAACAAUAUUGUUGUUCAUCACCCUAAGUUGACACAAUCUAGGCUUUGAAUUUUCCUUUUCCACUUUUAUAUUAUUAUUGUCGUUUUUAAGUUCUCAGUGUCGUUUUUUUGCAAAUAAUGAAGUAUGUGAUGAUAUCAUGAACUUCUAUUUUAAGAACUAAUAAUGAGAAAUGUUUGGUGUAUUAUUAUUGGCUUAAUUAGGCUUUGAAUGAAUUACAAACUUUCUUAUUU